AUACUUGCUUGGCGGGGAUACUGCUUGAUGUGUGUUUGAAUCGUAACGGGGAAAAAACAAGCCGCGUCUUCCUCGCAUUGCACGUCAUUCAAACAGGACUCGGUGUACUGCUUUUCCCUCUGUUGCAUUAGUAAUAACAGCGGCGUUGACGGGAGACAGCAGGAGAGAGAGAGAGAGUGUGUGUGUCUCCGACAGCGGUGCCCAGCGGAGGAAUAUUCGAGCUUUUUUUUAUUUACUCUGCAGCUUGUUGUUCCUAUUCUCCCGUGUUAUGGUGAACUUGGACGGUCACGUGCGAAGAUCUCUGCAAACAUAGAGAACGGCGGCUUCUCACCUGCCGCGUGUGUUUGACUUUUCCUAUUUUUUUUGCUUUCUCCGCGAGGAAAAAUAAAAAAGGCUAUACCUGCCAUUUUUUUUGUGAUAGCUGACAUCGCCGGACUUCUCGUGCUCCCGUGACGGACGACGACAGCAAGUUCUCUCCCUCAGGGAUGAAAUAUGCACACUCUGUGCCCUUAGAAAAAAGCAGACGACACACCCCGUAAAAGUCCAAAGUGGUUUUAAAUCAUGAUGAUGCAGGAGUCGGCCAGAGAGACAAUAAGCAACAGUUCAAUGAGUCAAAAUGGAAUGAGCACCCUAAGCAGCAGCCAAUUAGAGGCUGGCAGCAGAGAUGGGAGAUCAAGCGCUGGUGACAUGAGCAGCGAAGUAAGCACAGUCGAGCUGCUGCAUCUGCAACAACAGCAGGCCCUACAUGCAGCGAGGCAAUUACUCUUGCACCAACCAGGCAUUGGCCUGAAAUCUCCAAAGAGCCGGGACAAGCAUCGUCCACUGCAGGUACCAGUGUCAGUGGCCAUGAUGAGUCCCCAGGUGAUCACGCCGCAACAGAUGCAGCAGAUCCUCCAGCAGCAGGUGCUCUCCCCCCAGCAGCUCCAGGCCCUGCUCCAGCAGCAGCAGGCUGUGAUGCUGCAGCAGCAACACCUGCAGGAGUUUUAUAAGAAACAACAGGAGCAGCUUCACCUGCAGCUCCUCCAGCAGCAGCACCCUGGCAAGCAGGCGAAAGAGCAACAGCAUCAGCAGCAGCAGCUGGCCGCCCAGCAGCUCGUCUUCCAGCAGCAGCUCCUGCAGAUGCAGCAGCUCCAGCAGCAGCAGCACCUGCUCAACAUGCAGCGGCAGGGCCUGCUCUCGCUGCCGGGGCCCGCGCCCGGCCAGGCCGCCCUGCCCGGACAGACCCUGCCCCAUCAAGGCCUGAGCCCCGCAGAGCUCCAGCAGUUGUGGAAGGACGUCACCGAGGCGGCGGGCGGCGGCGGCCACGCCAUGGAGGACAACGGCAUCAAACACAGCAACAGUGGCGGGGGUGGCGGCGGCGGGGGUGGCUGCGGCGGCGGUUUAGACCUCUCCACCAACAACUCUUCCUCAACUACCUCCUCCUCCAAUCCCGCCAAAGCGUCGCCGCCCAUCUCUCACCAUUGCAUCGCCAACGGACAGUCCCCCGCCCUCAACCACAGAAGAGAGAGGGAGCGAGAACGAGAGCGGGAGCGGGAGCGGGAGCGAGAGAGUUUACUACAUGAAGAAUGUGGAGGCACCCACCCCCUGUACGGCCACGGCGUGUGCAAGUGGCCCGGCUGUGAGAACAUCUGCGAGGACUUCGGACAGUUUUUGAAGCAUUUAAACAGUGAACAUGCCCUCGAUGAUCGGAGCACAGCCCAGUGUAGAGUCCAAAUGCAAGUCGUACAGCAGCUGGAAAUACAACUUUCUAAAGAACGUGAGCGUCUUCAGGCGAUGAUGGCCCACUUGCACAUGCGGCCCUCGGAACCCAAGUCAUCUCCCAAACCACUCAACUUGGUGUCCAGCAUCACCAUGUCCAAGAACUUGCCCUCCGCAUCGCCCCCCAACUUACCUCAGACGCCCACCACGCCCACAGCGCCCAUCACCCCCAUGGCCGCCAUGCCCCAGGUGCCAUCAAUACUGGGAGGAGCGAACGUCCCCAGUAUGGGAGCCAUGCGCAGACGCCACUCGGACAAAUACUGCAUGCCUCUGUCGUCAGGUGGUGACACAGUAUUUAUUUUUCCGGAGAUUGCCCCAAACUACGAGUUUUAUAAGAACGCAGAUGUCAGACCGCCAUUUACUUAUGCAACCCUCAUAAGACAGGCUAUCAUGGACUCUGCCGACAUGCAGUUAACGCUGAAUGAAAUCUACAGCUGGUUCACGCGCACGUUCGCCUACUUCAGACGCAACGCCGCAACUUGGAAGAACGCCGUUCGCCACAACCUGAGCCUGCACAAGUGCUUUGUGCGCGUGGAGAACGUGAAGGGGGCGGUGUGGACGGUCGACGAGAUGGAGUACCAGAGACGCAGGUCACAGAAGAUCACAGGAAGCCCAUCACUUGUCAAGAACCUUCCCUCCAGUCUCGGCUAUGGAAGUUCACUAAACGCCAGCUUACAGGCUGCUCUGGCUGAGACCUCCCUGCCCUUGCUGGGGACCCCCGGCCUCAUGAACAGCGGCUCCUCGGGCCCGAUGGGCGGCGGCUGCCACGGCCUCCUGGGCGGAGACCCGUCCAUCCUCCCGCCCGGCAUGCUGGGCGGGAGUCCGCACGGACUGCUGGGCGGCAGCCCCCCCACCCUGAUGCACUCGGCCCACGACGGCUUCAACGGCUCACUCGACCACCUGGACACCAACGGACACGGCAGCCCCGGAUACUCCCCGCCAGUACACAUGCCCAUUUACGUGAAGGAGGAGCCACUCAACAUGGAUGAAGACGACUGUCCGAUGUCACUGGUGACGACAGCCAAUCACAGUCCAGAGCUGGACGACGACCGGGAGCUGGAGGAAGGGAACUUAUCAGAGGACCUGGAGUGACUAGGACACAGUUUAUGGUCGACAUGCCCCUCCCCCCAGCCGCACUGUUACUCUCACACAAACCUCCUGCAGACUCGAAAAACCCACUCCACAGUCCAAGCAACCACAGCUGACUCUCUCUCUGUCUCUCUCACCACUGGGACUAUUUAUUGAGCAUGCAUCCGGAUGGAGCCCGGUCCAAAGGAACUCUUUGUUGCAGCCCUUUGGGAUCCCCACACAUGACAGGCAUGAGAUGUCUGAUUAGAAGAAUUAACUCUUUGAGACCUAUUUCAUUUGACGAGGCGUGGCCACACACACAGUACAAGGAUGACGGACUCACGGAUGGGGGGGGAAGACAUGAAACAAAUGAGCAAAUCAUGUUCCGUUGAAAGCUAGCGGCCUCAUAUACUGCCAAAAAGGAAGACGUUUUAUGUUUGUGAAUAGUCCAACCCCCCAGUAGUUGUUUGUGUCUAGAGACGAUUGCUGGUUCAAUUCAAGUUGUUGCUCUGUUAUCAUUUGCACAGGAGUAGUCUCAGAAAUGUGUGUCACUGCCUGUAUGUUGCUACUAUAAUGAAAACCAGUAUAUUAUUUUUAGCUUCUUUUUUUAAUUUCCCAUCGUUAAUUUCUAAAUCAGAUUUUUGUUUUGUUUUAGACACCAACAACUGUAAAUGCCAUUCCCUGAAUCACAGCAGUAGUGGAGACGCGGUACCCAGACUGUUGUUGCAGCUGUCCAGAGAGAUAAAAAAGUGGAGGAGAAAAAAAAAGAAGAAGAAAAAAGUUUGCUUCCAGUCUAUUAUCUGUUUGUGAUUAAAAGUUUUUUUUAAAAGAAGGAAAAAAAGGAAAUUAAGAUGGGGAGGGGAAAUAAUAGUUUGUAUAAAGCACCAUUUACAAAACAAAUGCAUUUGCGCAUCAUUUCCUUCUCGCUGUUCUCCUUACCUCCUCGUUCUAAAGCUUUGUCUACCUGCAAACAGUCACAGGCAACAGCUAGAAACCAAAGCCAACACGAGCAAUGGCCAAUAGCUUACAGGCAGAAGCCACCAAACUCCUCUUGGUCCGUCUUCUGUGACUUUAAACUAGUACAAAGAGAAGCUUUUGUUCCGCAAACUACCUUCGAAUAACCUCUGGGAUUGUUUCAUUUAGCCCAAUACAAAGAUGAUCACGAAGUAAAAGAGAGAGCGGGGUGGGGGGGGGGGGGGGGAGGGAAGUAAAUGCUGAUGAUUUUGAUGUGUAAUUUGAUAACUCGCUGAAUGUUCUGCCAGACGUACUAAUAGGUCAAAAGGUGAUGUGAUAUUUGAACUGCAGGCAUUUAUUUUUGUUGUGAUUUGACUGGUAGAGAGCAGAUAACUGUAAAAGUGGAUCCUGACCAAAACAAAACAUUUAUGUAUUCAAUGGAAGUGCAGAAACAUUGUGUUGUUGUGAAGUUUAUUUUCUUCCUUUUCUUUUCUUCUUUUUUAUGCAUUGCCACAUCACACGUUAGUUGUUUUUUUCCACAAUCUUUUUUUUUCUUUUCUUUUUUUUCUGACCUGGUGAAUAUGUAUUGUUCUAAGUGGGACUGUCGAAAAAAUAAUGUCACGUCUUAUUUCCGUGGCGGUUUUGUUUCCGAGCCGCGUCGAGAGAAAAAAACCGAAACUGAAAACAUCGCUAACCAAACAUGAGAAAUAUCUAGUGAAGCCAAAUAAGUCAUAAUUUCAAGUUGAUAUGAAAUGGCUCGGUUACCAUGUAAAAGCAAAUAAUAAUAGCCAUUGAGGAAGAGGAUAUCUUAGGUGAAAGUUCACCUUUUCUCGGUGACAUUAGCUUUAACGUCAUCCAGUUCUCAUUGUGGGGUUCAUAGCUUCUAAACUAUACGGAUACCACCGGUGUCGCCACUGAUCCCUCCGUAUGGGUCACCAGCUGUUUAUAACACACUCGGUCCUCAGAGAGGACGAAAGAGGAAGUAGUUCACUUGAAGGCUACGUCCACUUCGUUUCCCUCCGCAGCUAAUCUCAUCUAGAAAAGUGUUGUUGCUUUAAUGGUCAUUUCUGUUUUCAGUAAACCAAAGUUACACAAAAUUCUGCCUCCUCUUGUAUGGGAUAACAAAAUGCUAAAACACCAACACACACAUAUACACCUUGUCAGCAUACAUGCAGGCGAACACACACACACACACACACACGCAGCCCCCGAGCUUUUGGUCUCCGGACCCUCUUGUUUCGGUUAACGGCUCUCCGGCUGCGGGACACGCUGUCAAAGAACCGCCGAGUGGCUUCGUAUUGUGCUGUAACGACCAAAAUGGAAACACUGUUUUCAAGCGCUGUGCCAAGCCGAGAGCUUUAACACGCACACACACGUGCAGUACUGUACCAACACGCAGCCUGUAAAUACACACGCACACACACACACACACACACACACACGUGUGCGCCAGUUCCACGUCAAGAGGGUACUGGGCCCAGGAACAAAGCUUAUCCCUUCAAUACUUAGCUGGAGUCAGCGAAAAAACGACUUGAAGACGACGUUCUUAAUAAUCUUAUCACACCAAAUAAAGAGGACGCCGCGUCUUUCAAACUAAAAGAAGAGAAGGAAAAAAAAGGGUUCUCCCACUUCCCCCCCCCCCCCCCCCCCAAAAAAAAGGCUUUCUAAAAGCUUCUACCUCUGCGCAACAAAAUUCAGAACUAAUUAUGACAGAUUGCACGAGUUAUUUGGAACGCCACAAAAGCUCAUCGGACGUGGCUCAAACCAACGUUUACAUUCCCUGCGUCAAGAUACGGAAGAUUUGCAUCGUAAUAGGUUGUCCUCAAACAUUUGUAGAAUGAUAAUGUAUAGAUUACCUGUAAGGGAAUAUUGUGUUUUAAAAAUGCAUGUCUAAAAAAAAAAAAUCAUUUGGUGGACUGGAAACAAGAAUGGAUAAAAAGAAUACUAAUAAAAAUCAUCGGGACGAUGGCCUAAAUGUACGUACCAACGCAUAGGAGUGCGUUACCUCAGAUAUACUGUUUUGGGAGGGAUACAACCUGUCAGCCACAGAAUGCAUAUUACCUGUAGAUUUGCAUGGGUUUUGUAUAAAUUAAGUUUAAAAAAAUGUCUAAAAUAGUUGCUUGCACAUAAUACCAGAAAGACCUCCAGAACUGCGAUCUGCUCCUCCACUAGAUUUUAGGAUUGUCUGGAUUUUCUGGGUUGAUUUUGUCUGUAUUUUGAUAACUGUGCAUACUUAUGUAAAAAAAAAAAUGUUGGUGGACCCAUAAAUUUACCAGACUUUUUUCUAAGAGAAAAAAAAAAUCUCAGUGUUUCUUUUCUGACGUACCUGAAUUUUUACUGUUUCUCUCUCAUUGCUCGCUAAGAAUAGCAAAACCUGCUUUUUCUGCAUCUGCUUUGCGUAGCUGUAAGGCUUAACCUAAUGUGUGUAUUUAUUGCUUGUACCUCUGUGCAUACUUUAUGAAGCAUUAUGUCUGGCAGUUGAGUCAUGUAUCCUUUCUACUGCUAUCCUUCUCUAAUAAUUGGGAACAUGAUCCCCCUAUGUAUACAGUAAAUUGGGACUGUAGCAAACAUAUGUUUAUGUAAUUGGUGAAAAAAUUUUUUUUCCGUUUUUGUUUCAUUUCCCUUUUGAUCGAGAUUCAACUACUUGUUUUGAUACUUUUCAUUACUGUUUACUGUGUCCAUACGUUAAAGGUUCUCUGACAUUAGAAGGUCGUGGUUGAGAAUUGUAACAGACGUUAUUAUUUUCUGUAUUCAUGGCAUUUCACUGCUGAAUAAAAUAAAGGACCAAAACUUGGAAUUUGAAAAGCAA